UAAAGAUGAUGUUGAAACGUGACAUUUCAAAAUGUCACUUCCAAAAAGAAUACUUUGAAAAAUAAAUAUAAUUUUGUUUAGUUUUUUAUAUAAAUUAUUAGUUUGUAAAAAUGUCGGAAACUGUAUCAACAUCUACGAUGGAUUUAGGUCUAACAACUCGGACAGGACAUAAACUUAAAGAUAUUUUCGUGUCGAUCGGCGGGUGUCUUAAAAGAUUUCUAAUAGGUUUUGUUGCGGAGAUGUCAGCUAUGGAGUAUCUCUUUAUAAAAAUGUAUCAUAUUUACUCAUUUAUAUGUCAGUUUUUCUUCCUGGCACUUUGCGAGGUAGCGGUUAUAAGAUCAAAACAUUCGGAAACGGAACGUAAAGAAGAAAGAAUGAUAUCGGGUCUAACAACGUUGCUUUUUUAUUCAGUCUUUGGUUAUUUUGUAUCCCGCGUGCGAGAAAUUUACGUAAACGAAAUACAACGCAGAGGACCAACUCCAAGACAUUCUCAUCACUCCUCUUACAGACAGUACGCUUAUUGGAUAUGUAAAAUUGUUAUAGAGUGGGCGAAAACGAUCGUGAUAGUUAUAUGUUUAAGAGAACAAGGUCUUAAUUAUCAACCGAAUGCGUUCUAUAAUGUUGUAACAUUUAUUUAUUAUAUUUGCACGGAAAAGAUAACAUCCGAAUCGAUUGAAGCAUUAGUAACACUCUGUGGGUUUACAACCUUUGAUUCUAUGGAGUAUCUCUUCGUUCCUAUUAUUUUGAAAUCAACAACAGCUUUAUUAUCGUUUAUAUUAAUUGGAUCUCUUUUAAAUACGCCUUAUGGAAAAUACGCUUUGCUAUCUUCGUAUUUUUUGCUAUACCUAAAUUUGAAAGAUCUUUGCCGAAAUUACAUAUAUCCUUUGAUUAUUGAAAAACGAACUUACGCCUCAUUUAGAAUGGCUUCAAAUAACGAUUUGGAGACAUGGGAUGAUAUAUGUGCUGUUUGUUUGAAUAAAAUGAGCAAAGCUAGGAUUACGCCGUGUAACCAUUUAUUCCAUCCCCUGUGUUUGAAGCGAUGCUUGAAGAACUCACUGCAAUGCCCUCUUUGUAAGCAAAAUUUUCUCCAAACGAUCUGAGUUUGUGUCUGUUUAUUUAGUACUAUUUCCAUCGUUGUUUACAAGUUUAUAAUUUUUUUAAUAAACAUUGUUAAAUGUGUUAA